UGACAGCACAGUUAGAACAUUUCUGAAUGUCUCUGUGAUGUAUUGUCAGCAUGUCUGCAGCUCAGUGAACAAGACUCAUGGUAUCAAAUGCAGCCUUCAACUUGUAAGAAUAAUUGUUCUGUUACAGUUUUACUCUGUAACUUAACUCUGUUUAGCUACAGUGAUUAUUUCCCUGUCUACCUGUUAGGUAUUAAAGAGACCUAACUACACUGCAGGAAGUGGGUGAAGAGUUAAAUCUUGGCAAGAGUGCAGAGUGUCGAGUGUCCGGGCAGAAAACAGCUUAACAAAGGAUGUAGCAAGGAGAUAAGUAAGCAGGUAAGCAAGAUAAGAGAGGAGAUACAGAAUAUAGAGGCUAAAAGAGGCUAAAAGCUAGGGAACAAAACCAAUGCGGACAAGAGAGUGAAGGAAAAUAAAGAGGAGCUCGACAAAGAAGAGUGCUGGAACAGAGGCUGGAGAAGGCAAAGUUAACAACAGAUCAGAAAGAGAAGAGUGAAACACCACCAUGACAUACCGCCUGUUUGAAGGGAAGGAUCAUGCCUCCAUCUACCAAAGGUAUCGCUUCACGCCUCCAGAUGAGCUCAAGAAUAUAAUUCUUCAGUACCUAGAUAAAAAGAAGGGACAGCCACAUGUGCUGGCAGUGGAUCUGGGAUGUGGAACAGGCCAGAAUUCUCGGCUACUGGCACCACACUUCAGACAAGUGGUGGGCAUCGACGUCAGUGAGUGCCAGCUGGAGGAGGCCAAAGCGGUGCCGGGGUAUCCCAACAUCACAUACAGGAAGGGGACAGCAGAGGAGCUUCCAUUUGCAGAUGGCUCUGUAGACUUGCUGACAGCGGCAUCAGCAGCCCACUGGUUUGAUCGGUCGAGGUUCCUGGCUGAGGCAAGUCGGGUUCUGAAACCCCAGGGCUGCAUGGCUCUGCUGGGCUUCAGUGAUACUGCCACCAGAUUUCACUAUCAGAACUGUGGAGAACGACUCAGCCGCAUCUAUGAAGAGGUGAAGCAGGUGCUGAGGCCGUACACUAGCAGCCCAGUAGCUGUGUCUGAUGGGAAGCUGGAGGAGCUGUACUCUGCCAUCCCUUUUCCAGACAAACAGAGGAUUGAGGGUAUUCGAGCGAAGUCUGUCAUCCUGGUGAGGAAUGUGGUGGGAUUUGUUGAGUCUUGGUCCAUGUUCCAAGCCUACAGGAAGACUGACGCUCAGACUGCUCAUGACCUGCUGCUCAACACUCAGAAGAGGUUUCUGGAGGAGAUGGGAGUCACGUCUCCUGACACUGAAAUAGAGUGGGAGCUGGAGUAUUUCUGUGUCCUGGCAACAAAACCACAAUGAUCAACACUAUAGCACAGGAUGUAUGUUUAGAGAGGGAGAGAGAGGGUGUGUAUGUGUGUGUUUGUUUGUGUGUGUGUGUGUGUGUGUGUGUGUGUGUAAGAGAUGUCCCAAUUUACAAUUUAUGAACAUUCAAAACAUAAAAUUUUUGAUGCAUGAAGGACUGUGCUUGUUGAAUGUGGACGUUCAUCAUCUUUUCACAGCAGCGCUCCAAUUCUGUCAUUUUGUUGUAGCCUGAUGCAGAUUUUGCAACAAAAGGCUUAUAGUAUAAUC